AUGGACAACUCAGAACAUUGGAAAGUCUUGUCCUUCCUUUUUGCCCUUAAGGAGAUUAACCAGAAUCCCCAAAUCUUACCCAACGUCACUCUGGGUUACGCUAUCCACGAAAGCGGUUCCAGCAGAAAAGGGACUGCAAAGGCUUUGCUGGACCUGCUUUCAAAGGGAGAGGCAGAUGUUCCAAAUUAUAGCUGUGGAAAGAGGAAAAACACGCUGGGGGUCCUUGAAGGAGCUGAUGCAGACAUGUCCAUCGAUAUCUCAAAUUUGUUGAAUCCCUACAAGAUCCCACAGCUUCACCCUUUCCUGAGUAUCGCUCAGCAUUACAAUAAUUCCAUAGAGGGAGUCUAUUUGGACGAGAAAGGGAACCUGGCAGCUGACUUCGACAUCAUGUACUGGGUGAGGUUUCCCAAUUGGUCUAUUUACAAAAUGAACGUCGGGAUUCUGGAAAGAGAAGGAUGCUCAGAAGACACAUUCAAAUUCAGAAUGGACCAGAAUGCCAUCAGAAGGGCUGUGCAGGUCGAUGAGCCCCUGCCAACUUCUCGGUGUGUGGACAGUUGCCGGCCUGGAUUUGUCAGGCUGCUGGAUCCCUUGAAGCCAGCUUGCUGUUACAGUUGUGUUCCUUGUGCAGAAGGGACCAUCUCCACUGAAGAAGAUGCCAAACAUUGUGUGAGAUGUCCAGAGGACCAGCACCCCAACAAGGACCAAAAUCAGUGCGUUCCUAAGGUGAAAACCUUCCUAUCCUACACGGAAGAUCUGGGGAUCGUCCUUACUUCUUUCACCUUACUUUUCUCUUUCAGCACUGGCUUUACUUUCAGCAUCUUUGUUAAGUACCUGGAAACUCCAGUAGUCAAAGCCAACAACCGAGACCUGUCCUACCUGCUCCUCAUUUCCCUCCUGCUUUCCUUCCUGUCUUCCUUCCUCUUCAUUGGCCAACCAAAGAAAACCACCUGCCUUCUGAGACAAUCAGUCUUCAGCAUCAUUUUCUCAGUGGCUGUCUCUUCUCUCUUGGCCAAAACCAUCAUGGUGGUGCUGGCCUUCCUAGCCACCAAGCCAGGAAAUACUGUGAGAAGAUGGUUGGGGAAGUCUUUGGGCAACUCCAUUGUCCUUUCUUGCUCUGCUGUCCAAGUUAUGAUCUGCACUAUCUGGUUGGGCACCUCCCCCCCCUUUCCAGAUUCAGAUAUGCAUUCUCAGGCUGGAGAGAUUGUCCUGCAGUGCAACGAAGGAUCAGUCACCAUGUUUUACACUGCACUUUGCUACAUGGGCUUCCUGGCAGCUGUCUGCUUGGUGGUGGCAUUCCUGGCCCGGAGGUUGCCUGGAGCCUUCAAUGAAGCCAAGCUGAUCACCUUCAGCAUGCUGUUCUUCUGUAGUGUUUGGAUCUCCUUUGUGCCCACCUACCUGAGCACCAAGGGCAAAUAUAUGGUGGCCGUGCAGGUCUUCUCCAUCUCAGUCUCCAGUGCUGGACUGCUGGGCUGCAUCUUUUUCCCCAAGUGCUACAUUAUUCUUUUUCGACCUAAUUUGAAUACAAAGGAGCAGCUUAUUCUGAAAAGCAAAACAGAAAUAUGA